CUGAGCCUGGAGGCCCAAAGUUUGGCUUCCAAGUUGUUGAAAGACCCGGACCCCCGCCUGGGGGCACUGCGCUGGGCGGGCUGCUUGCACCUGCCCACACGGCACUGGCCAGGCUGGGUGGUAGGUACAUGCUGCCUACCCCAGUUGGCACUCGUCCGUUGUCCACCUCGGCGAUUGGGAAGCGUAAGAGUGACAACUGGAAGCUGGAACUCGCCUUGCCUCCAGGUGGAGGGUAGGUACUAUGGGGACGUACCGGAUGUACCCUGGGCCAAAGCCGCCACGCCUGCCUUUCGUUUAAUUCCCCGAACGGUAGCAAAAAAUAUUUGAAAUUUGGAGCGCGCCGACUCACCAACACCUGAUCCUUUCCUUUUUCUUCCUCUCUUCUUCCCGUCAACCAUUCAAGCAAUCUGAAGUCCGCUCAAACCACCUUCAACCAACCCCCCCCUCAAGCUAUCUAGGGCACCAAGCUACCCUUCUGACUCCCCCUCAGACCCAGAGUUCAACCUUUCUCGUCCGUGAACGUCCUUACAACACCCCAGGCGCUCAUCUCCCUAUCCAAACGAGUCCAACGCUCACGUCACCUCCUGUGGAUCACCUACUCCAACCAAGUCAACUUUCGACAUCACAAUCAAUCACCAUGUCUGCUGUCGUGGAGAAAAUCACUGACGCUGCUGCCGCCGCCGUCAACGACGUUACCAACGCUCUGGCCAACACCUCUCUGACUGGCAACAAGUCCGCUGACGAGAAGCCCGCCGCCAACGAUGCUGUCCUUGCCAGCGCUGCCGAAGGUCGCCGCCUCUACAUCGGCAACCUUGCCUAUGCGACAACGGAGGGGGAGUUGAAAGAAUUCUUCAAGGGCUACCUUGUUGAGUCUGUUUCCAUUCCCAAGAACCCUCGCACCGACCGCCCUGUCGGCUACGCCUUCGUCGACCUCUCUACCCCUAGCGAGGCUGAGCGUGCCAUCGCUGAGCUCUCCGGCAAGGAGAUCCUCGAGCGCAAGGUCUCCGUCCAGCUCGCUCGCAAGCCCGAGUCUAACGAGAAGGCCGAGGGUGCCAACGGUGAGGGCCAUGAGGGCACUCGCCGCCGCCAGUCCACUCGUGGCCGCGGUCGCGCCGGUCGUGGCCGUGGCGGACGCGCUCGUGGCGAUCGUGGCGAGAAGAAGGAGGAGGGUGCCGAGGGCUCCACUUCCCCUGCUACCGAGGCUCUGAAGGACAUCACCAACGAGACUCACAACAGCGACAACAAGGCCGGCAAGCCCCACAACCGCUCUCCCCGUGAGCGCCGCGAGCGCGGCCCCCCGGCUGACGGUAUUCCUUCCAAGACCAAGGUCAUGGUCGCCAACCUUCCCUACGACCUGACCGAGGAGAAGCUUAAGGAACUUUUCGCUGCUUACCAGCCUUCCUCCGCGAAGAUUGCUCUUCGCCCCAUCCCUCGCUUCAUGAUUAAGAAGCUUCAGGCCCGGGGUGAGCCCCGCAAGGGCCGUGGCUUCGGCUUCGUUACCCUCGCCUCGGAGGAGCUCCAGCAGAAGGCUGUCGCUGAGAUGAACGGCAAGGAGAUCGAGGGCCGCGAGAUCGCUGUCAAGGUCGCCAUCGAUAGCCCCGACAAGACCGACGAGGAGGCCAACGAACCCGAGGGCGAGGCCCAGGCCCCCACCAACGGCACUACCGAGCAGGCUGGCGCUGCUGUCACUGCCUCUGCUUAAACACUCCAUUUGAUGACGAGAUGAGUGUGCGCACAAGUUAAUAAAGAUUUCGGUCACAGACACUACUUUAAUCUCGACCGACACAUGUCUUAUGUUUUACUGGGCGCAUGCAUUUUUACCCUCACGAUUUUGGCACGGAACGAAUGAUUUUCUUUUUAUGGCGGGAUCUGCAAGUGGGUAUGAAAGCGGGAAGAUUGGGCGGUGGGAUAAUGUGAUCAUGUCUGGCGUCACGGGUUAUGGGGGUUUGCAAAGGCCUCAAAUCGCUGGUAGACUUCAGGCAUCGUUAUCCUGCGGCUCUUUGCAGGCAACAAAAAUCUAAUAUUUUUCAUGACUUGUCUUCUUCAUUUAUGUGUUAUGGAUCAUCUUUUAUCUCAGGGUCGCUUACAUUCAUCUAGUGUUUUCAAACUCUCAUGUUUGCAGGAGAUGGUCAGUCAAAUCGGUCUAGGAAUAGGAAAAUAAGCAUGAUCGGGCCAAGAAGUCAUUGAUAUGUCAUGUUUAAUUAAUAGGAACGCCAACGGGUAAAGUGGUUUGUGAU